GGCCGCCGCGCACGGAUCCCAUGAUCCCAUCAAUGCCCUUCAUCGAUUCCAAGCUCUGCGAGAAAAGCUAAUAAAAUAAUCGGACCCCAUCAUCUCCUUGGGCCGUGUGAUCCCCCCCUCCUCCGCCGCCCUCGGAUCAGCGCCACCGCGCCGGAAGACCGGGAUCGUGACGGCCACAUGGACAUGGUUACGGCGGCCGCCGCGUUGCCAUGGGGAGGCGGUUCCCCGGCGUGGAUCGACGUGCCGGAGCGGAGCAAGAGCGCGUUCAUGGAGCUGAAGCGGAGGAAGGUCCACCGGUACGUGAUCUUCAAGAUCGACGACAGGAGGGAGGAGAUCGUCGUCGAGAAGACCGGCGCGCCCGGGGAGAGCUACGACGACUUCACGGCGUCGUUGCCGGCCGAUGACUGCCGGUACGCCGUCUACGACCUGGAUUUCGUCAGCGACGACAACUGCCGGAAAAGCAAGAUUUUCUUCAUCUCCUGGUCUCCUUCAGAUUCUCGCAUCCGUGCCAAGACCAUAUAUGCAGUGUCAAGGAACCAAUUCCGUCAUGAGCUUGAUGGGGUGCACUUUGAGAUCCAAGCCACCGACCCUGAUGACAUGGAUCUGGAAGUUCUCAGGGGCCGUGCUAACAGAACCUGAUUUCACUAGCGAGCAACCAAAAUGCGGCUCGGGGGUCGCUGAUCUGAGGCAUGAUGUAGAAGUAGGCUGCCGAUCACACCCGAGCUUGCAAUGUUUUUUCUCUUUCUUUGUUUUUGGAGGUAUAUAGGACCUCCGUGAUGUUUGUCUAACUAGACUAGAUAGGUUCCCUCUAAUAUGAUUUGGAACCUGUCCUUGUUUUAUAAUUGUCUAUGUAGUAUCUAUAUGUUGCUGCGAUGAAUGGAUAUUAUGGAUUAAUGAAAUGAUGCACGUGAUGAA